AUGAAUGCCAUUAAGAAGAUCAACCAGCUUAACCGACAGGAGCUAGAGAAUAACGUACUGGACCGAGCGUCGUGGCACUAUGAGCGUCGCGAUACAAACUAUAUCUACAUCGGAGGGUUACCAUCGGAAUUAAAAGAGUAUGAUGUGUUGGUGAUCUUUAGCCAAUAUGGAAUCCCUACACAUAUCAAUCUUGUUAAGAACGAAGAGACUGGUGAACUUAAGGGGUUUGGUUAUUUGAAGUAUAAUGACUUCCGUAGCUGUGUGUUAGCAAUAGACAAUUUGAAUGGUAUUAAGUUACUUGAUCUGCACUACCUCCGAGUAGACCAUGCCAAUUACAGACUUCCGAAAGGUAAGGAAGAAGAUGACUUCAAGAUCGACUACAGUCAAUAUGUUGAAACUAAGAAUACUGGUUCUUCUAAGAUGAUUAAGCUAUUUAGUGAAGCAGAACAGAAUGAUCAUGACCCCUUGAAGAAUAUGAAACAAAACGACAAUGAUGAGUUGAGGGAUCCAAUAAGUGACAUAAAACAAACUAAUGUUGAUGAGUUGAAGGAUCCAUUGAGCGACGUGAAGCAAAACGAUAGUGAUGAAGAGUUAAAAGAUCCUAUGGCUAACUUUAUUGAAAUCGCUAAGACAGAAACCAAGAAGAGAUCACAUCAUGCGAAAAGCAGCAGUCUCCAAGAAAGAUAA